AUGUUAGAAAAAUUAAAGUCAUCUAGGUUUAGAUUUAUAAACGAACAACUUUACACAAUGAAGAGUCAAGAUGCUUAUAAAUUGUUUCAAGAAGAUUCUGAAGCUUUUACCGCUUAUCACGAGGGUUAUAAUAACCAAACAAAAUCAUGGCCAAAAAAUCCAGUCGAUAUGAUUAUUCAAACAAUUGAAAAAAUGACUAAAAACAAUAAGAAACUUAUAAUUGGAGAUUUCGGUUGUGGAGAUGCUAAAAUAGCAAAAACAUUUUCUGAACUUACAGUACACUCCUUCGAUCUUGUUUCAUUAGAUCCAUGUGUUACAGUUUGCGACAUGGCUUCUACUCCUCUCUCGGAUGAAGUUCUUGAUAUUGCAGUUUUUUGUUUAUCAUUAAUGGGAACUAAUUUUUCUGAAUAUUUAGUCGAAGCUAACAGAGUAUUAAAAGUUGGGGGACAGUUACUGAUAGCAGAAGUUCAAAGCAGAUUUGAUAACAUUCAAAAAUUUAUGGAAAUAUUAAUAAAAUUUGGUUUUAAAAUCAAAUCAAAAGAUUUUUCUUGUAAAUAUUUUUACUUAAUGUAUUUUGAAAAAGAAAGAAAUUUAGGAAAAAAUUCUAAAAAGAAAGUUCCACAUUUAUCUCUAAAACCAUGUUAUUAUAAAAAAAGAUGA